AUUGGUGCAUUAGAUUCAAGGCGGGGUUUGUGGGAAAGCAACCCGGAAAUGGAGGAACGACAAUUAUUUCAACGUGUCGAUUUUAGUUCGUGAGCUCAAAAUGGCCAGAGCCGGAAGUGAGACCUCGUCACCCCGCGUCCUGAGGAUCAGCCAGCUGGAUGCUUUCGAGCUGGACGAUGCCCUGGAACAGCUCGUCUGGUCCCAGUUUGCUCGGUGCUUCCAGCAUUUCAAACCAGGCCUGCUGACUCGCGUGGAGCCGGAACUCAAAGCCCUGCUACAGCUCCUCGUCUGGAGGUUCACCGUGUAUUCCAGCAGCGCUACCGUGGGCCAAACGCUGCUCAGCAUCCGCUACCACAACACGCUCAUCGCUGGACAGAAAUACAGGUCUUUGAGCAGGCGCCAGAAACUGUGGUAUGCUUUGCUCACGGUGGGUGAGAAGUGGUUGAAGGAACGUUCUCACAGCUUGUUCCUCCGCCAUGGUGCGCAUACGGGCCUCCAGAAAGCACGACAGGCUCUAGCUUUGAUUAGCAGCGCGAUUAAAGUGGCUAGCCUGCUCAACUUUAUGCUCUUUCUUCAAAGCGGGACGUUUCCCACUCUGACGGAGAGGAUGCUCGGAGUGCGGCCGGUGUUCGUCCGGGAUCAGAGCGCCCGUCAAAUCAACUUCCACUUCAUGAACCGGGAACUGCUUUGGCAUGGCUUUGCGGAGUUCCUCAUCUUUCUGCUCCCACUGAUCAAUGUGUGGAAGCUGAAGACCCGUUUGUCCGCGCUGUUAUCCGUUCCUGAUCGUUCGAGCCAGAAAGCGGAGUCUCUCCGACGUUCCGAGUGCGGGAUAUGCUCCGAAUGGCCAGUCAUGCCGCACUCCAUCGGGUGCGUUCACGUCUUCUGCUACUACUGCGUCAAAAGCCAUACGGCCGCUGACGUGUUCUUUACGUGUCCCAAAUGCGGUGCCGAAGUCACCGACAUCCAGCCGGUCAUGUUUCAAAUAGAAAUGGCGGAAAUGCAGCAGAUGUGAUAUUUUAUUUAUUUAUUUGAUUUUUUUCACAACACGUCGUCGACGGUAACCAUAAUGUGAACUUCUGUUCGAUUCCCUAGGGACCGGCUGAUGAAAGACUGCAGCUUGUGCCUUUUUGUUGGCAUGAAAUAUGCAAGAAAAGGCCGACGAGAGACGAACUCGAUGAUGCUUAGUUUCAAAUUAAAACGAUUUCUGUCACUAAUUUAUUCCAGCUCAUUAAAGUUUGAUGGGGGCUCGAAUAUCAGAGGUCCACUUUUCCUCUCUCGCGUUCACAGACGCCGCAAAUGAAUAAACAUCAAAACAGCUCGAGCGCCUGCACGUUCGCAUCCCCAGUGAAGUGUGAAAUUUGCACAAGAUCAAGGAGAGGCCAUGAUGGGUUGGGAUGUGAUGUGUGUGUGUGUGUGUGUGGGGGGGGGGGGGGGGGGGGUAUUUUGGGUGUACGGAUUGACAGAAAUCCCAGCCUAAUCUCCUUGGCCUUCUUAAGACACCAGUAAACUGUAACCAACCCUACUAGGUCUGUGCACCUUUUUUUUUUUUUUUUUUAACCCAUAUUAUGCACUAAUCCUAGUAAUAA